AGCUAAACCAUUGCAUUGUGAACCACAUAGCAGACCACACGUCAGUUAGUACGGCUCUAGCGAUCAACAGAAAUGACGGUAGCCUAAACCGCAACAGGCAUCUAUUUGAACUUGGUUCAAAGUGCAGGCGGUAGUUCGUUGCACGGGUAGACAUGUGCAUUUGGGACCUGUAGCAUCAACUCCAACGGAUCGCCUUUCUGAAACUUAUGACUUCAUUUUUUGCAUAAUUUUUUGCGUCUUUUUCCAAGGACUUGCAAGUGCAUGCAUGGGCUUUAUAGUUUGGUUUAGGGGCUACCAAAAAGGCUAUAUCCUAACAGUUAGAUCAUCAGAACAGCCAGCCUACAUGGUCUGGUAAUUUGUUUAUGAAAGGUAUCCUGGCACACAGUCUGACAUUAUUGACUGGGCAGACAUUUCGUGUGAUGGGACUCCAAACUCUGAAGAUCACGGGGAUCGGGACCUAUUCCUGAGGAAGCAGUAUAUCUUUUGCGUCGGGCUCAUCAGAUUCAUGGAUUCUGCUCGUUCGUGGAGUGCAUCUGAAUUGGGAAGAGAGGGUAGUGGACAAAGAACACUGGGAAACCAGAGGAAGAGAGGAGGAGGAGAAAAAUGGAGGCCAUAUCUUUAGAUCAGUCUGCGACGGUGGAUGAGCUGGUGGAAGCAUGCAUCCACGCCUUUGAUGAGACGGGCACAUUGAAGGACCCCUCCCUAGUGCGUAUGUUUCUUAUGAUGCACCCUUGGUACCUUCCCUCCACCGACAUGGCAAAGAAACUACUGCUCAAAUCACAGGAGGACAGCAGCACUGCUGAUCUCAGGACAAGAAUCUGCCACUUGGUGAAGUACUGGAUCAGUGAGUUCCCAGCGGAGUUCAAUCUAAACCCAGAGCUGGCAGAGCAGAUCAAAGACCUCAAGGACCUCUUGACCACUGAGGGGAACGAGCGCCAGAGUCAGCUCAUCGACAUCGACAGCGUGCCAUCAUACAAGUGGAAGCGUCAGGUGACCCAGAGGCAGCCAUCCAUGUCUAAGAAGAGGAAGAUGUCUCUGCUGUUUGACCACCUGGACUCCAGCGAGCUUGCCACACACCUCACCUACCUGGAGUACAAGUCCUUCUGCAAGAUACUGUUCCAGGACUACCACAGCUUUGUGAUGCAUGGCUGCACGGUAGACAACCCCAUCCUGGAGCGCUUCAUCACCCUCUUCAACAGUGUGUCUCAGUGGAUCCAGCUGAUGGUGCUCAGCAAGCCCACCGCUCCCCAGAGGGCUGCAGUCAUCUCUCACUUCAUCAGGGUGGCUCAGAAACUGCUCCAGCUUCAGAACUUCAACACUCUGAUGGCCGUGGUGGGGGGGCUCAGUAACAGCUCUAUAUCUCGCCUCAAAGACACCCAAUCACACAUCAGCAACGAGACCAACAAGGUGUUCAACAGCCUGAUCGAACUGGUGACGUCGUGCGGCAACUACAGCCAGUACCGACGUCGCUUCUCCGACUGCACAGGCUUCCGUUUUCCUAUCCUGGGCGUGCACCUCAAGGACCUGAUCGCCGUGCACGUGGCGCUGUCCGACUGGGCCGACCCGGGCAAGAGCAGGGUCAACCUGGCCAAGAGCCAACAGCUGUAUGUUAUCCUCCAGGAGUUGGCUCUCAUCCAGACCACGCCACCCAGCAUCGAUGCCAACACAGACCUACUUAACCUACUUACGGUGUCUCUGGACCAGUACCACACAGAAGAGGAGAUCUACCAGCUGUCUCUACAGAAAGAGCCACGCAGUGCUAAACCGGCGAACUCCGGCUCCUCCCCUGCGCCUGCCCCCCAGCCAUCGAUGAUUGACGAGUGGGCUGCGUCGGUGAAGCCCAAAGCCGACCCUGCGGUCAUCAACAAACACAUAGAGAAGAUGGUGGAUUCUGUCUUCAAGAACUUUGACACUGACGGGGACGGUCACAUCUCCAGGGAGGAGUUUGAGAUCAUCAGGAACAACUUCCCCUACCUCAGCAAGUUUGGAGAACUGGACAAAAACCAAGAUGGGCAGAUCAGCCGGGAAGAGAUGAUCGACUACUUCAUGAAGGCCAGCUCUCUGCUCAACUGUAAGAUGGGCUUCAUCCACACCUUCACAGAGACCACCUACGUCAAACCCACCUUCUGUGAACACUGCGCUGGCUUUAUAUGGGGCUUCUACAAACAGGGAUACAAGUGUAAAGCGUGUGGAAUUAAUUGUCACAAGGCAUGUCGAGGACGUCUGGCUGUGGAGUGUCGUAAACGGACCAAGAGCAUCAGCCAUGAACAUGCCCCCUCCCUUCAGGCUCGCUCCUACAGCUUCCCGCCCCUGGCCAACACCCCACCAAGCCUACAGAACACAGGUGAGAGACCCCCUAACCUUCAGGCUCGCUCCUACAGCUUCCCACCCCUGGCCAACACCCCACCAAGCCUACAGAACACAGUGAUUGUAGAGGAAGAUCUCCAGGCAGUGGAGGAAGGUGUGUUUGAUGUCCAUCUAUAACCAGAUGAUAACCAAUAGGCAGGCCUGGCCUGAUAUGUCCCUUCAGAAGUCCUACGUACUCUGGCAUUCAUACAGCCAAACACUGCCAGGAGGAAACAACAGUGGUCGGGAGCCAGAAGCCUGCUGGGGUCUGCUCAGCAGGGUACAACGUUACAUAACGCAGAUAUAAAUGUAUCAUCUAGUACAGACUAUGAUUGUCUGUCGUGUAAAAGAGGGAAUCAUUUCAGCUCUAUCCAUUCCAUUUCUAUCUGCAACAUUCAGACAUGCCAUUAGGUAGAACAGAUAUGAUUGUCGGUUGUGUAGAAGAGAGAACAUUGUCCAUUUUAGUCAAGGCAUGUCACACACACACACACACACAGAGCGAGAGAGAGAUGCCGCCACAUAGUGGAAAAAUACUGCAAAUGCAUACCUUACAUUUACUCAAGAUUUCAACUCCCUCAAUAUAAGUGAAUUUGUACAAAAUGUCUUUCUGUGUUAAAUCUAUAUUUUAAAAUGUGGAUUUAAGCCCAUGUUUUCAUAUCUCUUACCUAGUUUACCUAACACUGAAUAUAGAAAAUAAAUCACAUUGUGUUUAGUGUGAUGCUAUUACCUUCGAGUCUAAGUGGUAUGUUUUAGCUAUGCAUUUAGCUAUAUGUUGUUAUUAUUAUGUCUAUAUUAAUAACCUAAACGAUGUCUCUCCAAAAUAUAAGAGGUGCUGUUAUUGCCAAGAUAGAAUCCAUAGGCUACAUGCCACCUAGACUUCCAACUGCUUUCUCUGGGGAGAAAAGCUUCGCUUUGUCUGAGUAGCUUGAUUCUUUGUAAAUGUAAUGGGAGAAACUUUAAAACACACGGUGUGUUCGGUGUCAGAGAUGAAACGUUUCGGCUCCAGAACGGCUGCUGCUUUCGUGGAUUGGGUAUCAAACCGCUAUCUAGCACAACAACAGCAACAACUCAAAUGGACUGUGGAACGUACAUCCUGCAUUUCAAUGCUGUUGUGUUCUCGUCCUCCUGUUCACCAGAAUAUCAAUGCUUUUCCUGUGGUCAUUUGACUGUGGUGUGUAUGCACGGUAUACUGUUGUAAUACUGUUAUGUUUCAGUGCACCCACACAGGACCUUUCCUCUCAGUAACUUUCAGUGUAGUUUGAAAUGGUGAAUGUUAUAUAUUGUCCUGAGAAUUGACAUCUAUUUUAAUACGAGACAUGUAAGUCCAUUGUCUUAUCAAGCAUGCUUCAAGGGGAUCCACAUUUGCCAAAAUGUCUGUUAAGUGUAUUUUUAAUGUCGCACGUAUAUAUAUAUAUAUAUAUAUAUAUAUAUAUAUAUAUAUAUAUUUUAAUGGCAACAUGAAAUCCUGCAGGCGAGAGACUCUCCUCAACGUAUUAGUUUUGGGGUCUGUAUCCUCUGAGGGAAAGUCCCACAAUGUUUAGCUGUUUGUGUAUCUUUCAAUGAAGUACUUCCUCUGGCUUUCAUUAAUACAGUACAGUAUAUCCUGCUUCUUUACUUAUGUCCAAAACUAAACUGCCAGCCCUACCAUGGCAGUUUCCCCUCUGGACAAGGGUAUCAUUUGUUACAGUAAGGGAACUAUAAUGCUUUCAUCUGAUGUCAUGUUGGUAACUCUGUGGACGUGUCUCUGCUGUUUCUCAGUGUUAAAUGCAGAAUGCAUCACUCUGCUAUUUGUUUUAAGAAGGAUGCACAACAUGAUAGGACUAAUAGCACAGCAACCCAGUGACGCGCCGUGUGUGUUUGUGACUCUUACCGAAUCCAUUCCCGCCACACAUUCCUUGUCUAAAGUUUAUAUCCGACCCAACUUUCCCUGCCAUCAUGUAGUUGCUUGACGUCCUGUAUUGGAAUUGUUAACCAGCCGGCCAUGCACUCUGUUAUUACCAAAGAAACGAAGGGCUCUAUUCAAUCCGUAUUGCAGAAGUUACGGCGCGAUUGAAAUUUAAAGGCAAUGUUCCCGCGUUAGCCAAGACCGCAUUCACCGUAAACGUAGUAUGUGCCGACAAAAUCGGAAAUUAAGUUUACAUUUCUAUCCGGCAAUCUGUAGAGCUCCAGCUUCUCCCUCAUGUGGGUGCUAGCAAGCAGGCAAGGUAGUGCUAGAUACCAACAUCCAAUCAAGUAGGGUAUGGAAGCUAUAGUGAGCUUUGCUUGGACAAUAGCGUUGCGAUAGCGCAGAGUAUUUGCAUAAAGUUCCGCUUUCCCCAACUUUAGUCCUGCCUUGUUCACGCUCCCUCGCCCAUGUUCACAUCGCCCAACAGUCCCCCCUCAAUCGCCCCUCAAUUUGUUAUGUGGAAAUGCACUAUUUGAUUCCUCAGCUUCCAUCUCGCACAUUGAUUCAUGCAGCUAUUUCAUCUGACGUUAUUGUAUUGAAUAUUUCUGAGUUCUCUCAUGUGGGAUGGAUGGAGAGUUCAGUCUCUUAGUGUCUGUUGCUUUAUUGACUGAGCGGGGAUGUUUCACUUAAUUUCUUAACUGUGGUGUAAUUACAUUAGCAGAGUUGUCAAGGACUGUCUGAACUGAUGGUCAGACUGUCCUUAGAACGCACACACACCGAGACCUGUGUUAACGCCUGCACUCAACACUAAUCAAAUGGAUUAGGUAUAUAGUGAAGUGAUUACAUCACAGUGCUCUUGUUGUGAUUUUGUCAAACUUUUCACCUUGGUUUCCUCUGAAGAGAAACCAAUAACAUUACGGUGAUAGCAGUUUGAUUUGUAAUCACUCAAAGCUUAGAUGCUCAAUAGUUGUGUCUUAAACAUACACAAGCAUGGGGCGGCAGCGUAGCCUAGUGCGUUGGACUAGUAACCGGAAGGUUGCGAGUUCAAAAACCCCCGAGCUGACAAGGUACAAAUCUGUCGUUCUGCCCCUGAACUGGCAGUUAACCCACUUCCCAGGCCGUCAUUAAAAAUAAGAAUUUGUUCUUAACUGACUUGCCUGGUUAAAUAAAGGUAAAAUAAAUAAAUAAAAUAAAGCAUAUUGGUGGUCAUAUCUCACAUAUUUGCCUUUAUUCUCAAAAUCCCUAUAAAAAAAAAUCGCAAUUUUAUCCAAACACUCAACCGACCUUCAUAUACCUACUUCUAACAUUCCUGUGUGUGGCCAUGGUAACAGUAUGAUAGGAGUGUAGUCUGGCCCAUGAUUGAUACUUUCCACUCAGCUACAUGAAGGCCCGGCCUGCUCCGUCGUUUAGCUGUGGCCCUGACUGGUAUUGAUCUCAGUGACGGAAAUCGAAUAGUGCCGGAGCUAAUUACAUCGUAACGAAGGCUGCAGGAAUAAUCCUCACGUUGUUAGCCAAUCUCCAUCAUCGACCUUAAUGUGAAGGAAUUCCGUUUGGAUCAAAAAAUGGAUUCUCAGAUCCUUGAGAAGACUGGCGCAGUAGAACAAGCCCUGUUGCUCUUCAGUCUACAAUGUUUCAAUCAUACGGUGUCCAUAUUAGGACAGCUUCAGUCUCAGCAGUUGAGUUGAGGAUGUCCAAAUGUGGACACCGUACAGGCACUAUUUUGAUAUUCUGGUGUGGAGUGCACUUUAGGGCUGCGAUCAAUUUAGCUUGCCCGGUACAAUGGAAGGAAUGGAAUAGUAAGGCACAUCUCAAAUACUAUUUAAAUACUGUAUGUAUUUCACCCAGCUCUGACUCAUAUGCCAUCAGAAUAAUAGAUGCUUAUUAAAGAAACAUUAGGAAAACACUUUGCCCUCAGAACAGCCUCAAUUUGUCAGGGCAUGGACUCUACAAGGUGUCGAUAGCGUUCCAUAAGGAUGCUGGCCCAUGUUGACUCCAAUGCUGUCUGGAUGUUCUUUGGGUGGUGGACCAUUCUUGAUACACACGGGACACUUGAGCUUGAACAACCCAGCAGCGUUGCACUUCUUGACACACUCAAACGGGUGUCGCCUGGCACCUACUACCAUACCCUGUUCAAAGGCACUUAAAUCUUUUGCCGUACCCAUUCACACGUACACAAUCCAUGUCUCGAAACGUAAACAUCCUUCUUUAACCCGUCUCCCCCCCUUCAUCUACACUGAUUGAAGUGGUUUUAACAGGUGACACCAAUAAGGGAUCUUAGACUGACCAGGCGAAUCAAGGUGAAAACUAAGUCAUGGAAAAAUGUUCCUCAUGUUUUGUACACUGUGUAUAUUGAUUUGUAGUCUGUUUAGUUGACAUGGACGUGGAUAAUCUUGAGUGACUGACAGGGAUUUGAUUCUAUGUAGACUGUGUACAUGUGUAAAUUAUAUUGACAUUGUUAGAGUGGUAGGUUUCUCAUGUUCACCAUGUUAAAACACUUUGACUUAAUGUCUACUCAAACAGCUUGAGGAAUUAGAAAACAUACUCAUACAUGUACAUUUAGUCACAACACGGCCCCCCUAGUGGCACAGACACGUAUAUGCACCCCCAGCAGUGUUACUAGUCCCAGGAUAGACCACUUGAUGGUGCUGUUGAGCUGUUAAAAGGGAUGGGCACUCACUCAGGGGCACAGUCAUUGGGUAGAAAGAGCAUUGCACGUAGAGGAAAUGCAUAAUACAUGUUCUGUCACGAGGAAAGGGUAGCAUUCCUAUAAACACAAGUUAAUAAACGUUUUGGAUUAAUGGAA